AUGACUCUGUGUCUGGACACUGUGAGGCUCCUCCAGGCUCGUGUCCAAUCAGAGCGCGGCGUUCCUCUGCACAGGAUGAAGCGCUCGGUCACAGUCCAGCCUCAGUCUGAGGUUUUCAUGAGAGACGCGUCGGAGUGGUCCACAGGACUGUGCCACUGCUGCAGGGACUGUAAAGACUGUUGCAGGUCUUUCUGCUGCUUUCCGUGCCUCUCGUGUCAAACUGCAAAUCGUCAUGGAGCGUGUCUCUGUCUCCCCCUGCUGGACAUGUGCGGCUUCAUCCACCCCAUCGCCAUGACGCUCCGGGCCACCACCAGGGAGCGCUACAGCAUCCGGGGCUCGUUCUGUGUGGACUGCCUCCUGUCCACCUGCUGCUGUCCCUGCGUUUACUGUCAGGUUCACAGGGAGCUCCAGCACCGCCAGUUACCCAGCAUGCUCGGCGACAUCGUGCAGAGGAAGUGA